ACGGUCAAUGAUACCCGUGUUCUGCUGAAGCAAAAUGUUCACACAGGCUUGUAUGUUCCGUGGUUUGUGGCAUCUUUCUGUAGGAGGCAUUCAGUCCAUUUCACAUAUGUUACAUCAUUCAAUCCUUUCAACUUCGAACAUUCCGACACGUCUUGCAUCGAUUUCGUGGAAGAGAAUACUGAUGCAGCAACAGCCCUGGAGCACAUCAUGGCUAUAAAAUUAUUCACUGAUCGUUUGUUGCGUGGUUUCAACAAUGCCUUAAUUUGUCGUUUGGGAUACAUUGUUGGUGAUGACGACAUAUCAGGAAAUUUUAAGCACAUCAUGGCUAUAAAAUUAUUCACUGAUCGUUUGUUGCGUGGUUUCAACAAUGCUUUAAUUUGUCGUUUGGGAUACAUUGUUCGUGAUGACGACAUAUCAGGAAAUUUUAAGGUAAAAGGAAAAGAAGCUAACUGCAGUAUGGAUACAUCAUUGGUGCAACAGCUUUAUCCGAACGUGCGAACCGGACAAGACGCCAUUGCAGACUUAAUCAAACGAAUUGCACUGAACAAACAAGCUAAUUAA